AUGGUGAAAGAGAGAGUGAACUGGUACCAAGAUAAAGAAGAAGUUGUUUUGUGGAUGAAUACAGUAGGACCGUACCACAAUCGCCAAGAGACAUACAAAUACUUCUCUCUUCCCUUCUGUGUGGGAUCAAAAAAAAGCAUCAGCCAUUACCAUGAAACACUAGGAGAAGCACUUCAAGGAGUUGAACUGGAGUUUAGUGGUCUGGACAUUAAAUUUAAAGAUGAUGUAAUGCAGACGACAUACUGUGAAAUUGACUUGGACAAAGCAAAGAGAGAUGCAUUUGUGUAUGCUAUUAAGAAUCACUAUUGGUACCAGAUGUAUAUUGAUGACUUGCCAAUAUGGGGUAUUGUCGGCGAAGCAGAUGAAAAUGGGGAAGACUAUUAUCUUUGGACCUAUAAAAAACUUGAAAUUGGUUACAAUGGAAAUAGAAUUGUGGAUGUGAAUCUGACUAGUGAAGGAAAGGUCAAAUUGGUACCAAAUACCAAGAUCCAAAUGUCUUACUCAGUGAAAUGGAAAAAGUCAGAUGUCAAGUUUGAAGACCGAUUUGAUAAGUACCUUGAUCCAUCUUUCUUUCAGCACAGAAUUCAUUGGUUUUCAAUCUUCAAUUCUUUCAUGAUGGUCAUCUUCCUGGUGGGCUUAGUGUCCAUGAUAUUAAUGAGAACGCUGCGCAAAGAUUAUGCUCGAUAUAGCAAAGAAGAAGAAAUGGAUGAUAUGGACAGAGACCUAGGUGAUGAAUAUGGAUGGAAGCAGGUCCACGGAGAUGUUUUUAGACCAUCCAGUCAUCCUUUGAUAUUUUCAUCACUUAUUGGCUCUGGUUGCCAAAUCUUUGCAGUCUCUCUCAUAGUCAUUGUUGUUGCAAUGAUAGAGGAUUUGUACACAGAGAGAGGAUCAAUGCUUAGUACAGCUAUAUUUGUUUAUGCUGCAACAUCUCCAGUGAAUGGAUAUUUUGGAGGAAGCCUUUAUGCUAGACAAGGAGGAAGGAGAUGGAUAAAGCAAAUGUUCAUUGGGGCUUUUCUUAUCCCAGCCAUGGUGUGUGGCACUGCCUUCUUCAUUAACUUCAUUGCCAUCUAUUAUCAUGCUUCAAGAGCUAUUCCCUUUGGAACAAUGGUGGCCGUAUGCUGUAUCUGUUUCUUUGUCAUUCUUCCAUUGAACCUUGUUGGUACAAUUCUUGGUCGAAAUCUGUCAGGCCAGCCCAACUUUCCUUGUCGUGUUAAUGCUGUGCCUCGUCCAAUACCGGAGAAGAAAUGGUUUAUGGAACCAGCUGUUAUUGUUUGCCUAGGUGGCAUCCUCCCUUUUGGAUCAAUUUUCAUUGAAAUGUAUUUCAUUUUCACAUCAUUUUGGGCUUACAAGAUCUACUAUGUUUACGGCUUCAUGAUGUUGGUGUUGGUUAUUCUCUGCAUUGUGACAGUCUGCGUGACUAUUGUAUGCACCUACUUCCUGCUAAAUGCAGAGGAUUAUAGGUGGCAGUGGACAAGCUUUCUUUCUGCUGCAUCAACGGCAAUCUAUGUUUACAUGUAUUCCUUUUACUACUACUUUUUCAAGACAAAGAUGUAUGGCUUAUUUCAAACAUCAUUUUACUUUGGUUAUAUGGCGGUAUUUAGCACAGCCUUGGGGAUAAUGUGUGGAGCUAUUGGUUACAUGGGAACAAGUGCCUUUGUUCGUAAAAUCUACACUAAUGUGAAAAUUGACUAAGGAAAUAAGAAAAUUGAACUAUGGAUCAGUUACUGUUUUCACGGGAAUGGACUUGCACAGCAACAAGCGCAAGAAGAGAUUUGGGUUUUAACACUGGGCACUGUAUGGGUCUCCGUUCUGUGGAUGGCUUAAAGUAACAUCUAUUUUCAUUGAUCCUAGGUUCUUACUGACUGCUUUCUCCAACUGUUCACAGCAAAUGCUUGGAUUAUAUGCAGUAGACAUUACUACAGUACAUGGCUAAUCUUCCCAAAAAAAAAAAAAAAACUAGCUCAUUAAAGAUGAAUAGACUAGCUCUCUUCAGUGAAGAGGACAAACGGUUUAUUUAAAGCAUUUGUUCCAUUCAGUAAAAAGAGGGAAACUUGGCUGCUAAAACUAUGAUUAGUAGUCUUCCUGGUACUUAACAUUUCUAAAUUAUCUAAAAAUGCUGUUCCAGAAAGAUUACUUUUCAGAUUUUUACUGCCAUUUUCAGGAUAGAGGUAUGUUUUAUAUUUUGACUCUGGGUGCUUUUUUGGUUCAUUUGCAAUAUCAACUAUACCUACACCCAUUUGUUUAAAAAAAUUAAAAAUAUUAAAAAAACUGCAUGUAAUAUAUCAGCUAUCAUUCUAGUUGGACCAACUUCCCUUUUAUUUAUCUCUAAAAUGAUAUUCAGCUACAUCUUAAAUCCAUCCAAAGAAAAUAAGGCUGAAGACAGAGGUGUGUUCUCUGCAAUGCAAUUUACUGUACAGUUAGAAAGCAACAUGUUAAAUGAAGAGGAUACUGUUUGUUUUUAAUAAACAUUUCGAGGUCUAGAUUAAAACAAAACCAACAUUUUAACUGAAUGUCUAAAGUGAUUCUCCUUUUUUCCAAGUUAGUCUUAUUUUUUUGUUUGGGUUUGAAUGAAGGGUUUUCCUUAAAACGUUAUUAAAGGGGUAAUAAGUGUAUAUAACAUUAAAUAAUGUAACUUAGGUGUAGAUCCCAAAUGUAUUUGGAUGUACAGAUUUACUACAGAGUACUUUUCUGAUGAUUCGGUGUACAAAUGUGUGAAUUUGGGUGGCUUUUUACAUCUUGCCUGCCAUUGCAUGAAACGUUGGGGUUCCUUCACAAUGUGUGUCAUGCUUUCUGUUCUGUUUCCUUUCUGAAGCUCUUACAGGAGUUAAAUUUGUAAUUUAGAACAUUUUAAUUUUUUGUUUAUUUGAUCUGGACACUGAUAUAACACCAAAAGCACAGCUGCUUUGGGGUGUUCAGAAAACUAAAAUAAACUUUUCAGACAAAAAUAUUCUGAUUGUGAAAAUAGAUGAGUUUGCAGUUGAAAAUGUCUGUUUAAAAAGGCAAUGCUACUGAAUGCCAGUGUCUGUGUACAGUAUUACUGUGCUUUUCAAAUAUCAAAAACCCAUGCUUCACAGUCAGAGAAUUUGCUUGCAUCUGGAUUAUACAGUCCAGUUCCAAAAUGGAUGGUCAGUCUAGAAAGGUCCUCCUUGGCUGGACUGUCGAUAGGGAAAUCUGUUUAUUGAUCCAGCAAGUGUACUUGGAAGAUGGAGAGAUGAGAAGACGACUAAUAUAAAUGAGCAAAUAAAGGUUAAGAUUUUCUAAGACAAACGAGUGUUAAUUGUGCAGUGUACUUAGCUAGGAGGAGUCUCAAUGUGUUAAGUCUCUCAUGGAAACAGAUUUAAGACUUUAAGGGGCAAUCAGCUUGGGAAUUUUGACACCUGCUAUAUAGGGAAGUUUUCAUAAACCUGUUUGGAUCAGAGUAUCUUCCCCCAGAAAAUGCAACUUACUAAAUCAAAAAAAAAUUAUAAGCAGCAGUAUUUGCAUUAAUGAACCCUAUAUCUAUCUAAAAAUCAUACCAAUGUUGUACAGGGGUGUGAAAUACAUUUCUGCUUCUUGAAGAGGGAGACAGGCACUCAUAAGGGAUUGUGUUGUUUUGAGGUGUUUUUGGAAAAUUUUGCAUUCUGUUUGUAUAUAUAAUGUAAAGUAUGUGACCUUAAAAUGAGUGGAACAAAAUAAUUCUUCUGAAUGGGGAAAAUGCAACCAAAUCUACAGGUGGAAGAGAUCAAAAUCCUGCAUAUUCACUUGAAAUUUUACUCAAUAAAUGUGUAUUGCGUAUA